CUAGCUAUUUAAUGAUAAUUUCCCAUAUUUUUGCCAUCAGUAUUACAGUAUAUUCUGCGAGGCUGCCAUCUCUGGUAACAGACUCAGCCUUCUUCACAAAACCCUAAUUCCAUUUCUCUCGUCGGUCGCCUGCAGCCAUGUCGAGGAGAAAGACUAGAGAGCCUAAGGAAGAGACAGUGACUCUUGGCCCUGCUGUUAGAGAGGGUGAACACGUUUUUGGUGUUGCUCACAUUUUUGCUUCUUUCAAUGAUACUUUUAUCCAUGUUACUGAUUUAUCUGGAAGGGAAACUCUUGUUCGUAUUACAGGUGGGAUGAAGGUUAAAGCAGACAGGGAUGAAUCGUCCCCAUAUGCUGCAAUGCUUGCAGCCCAAGAUGUUUCUCAGCGAUGCAAGGAACUUGGUAUCACUGCUUUGCACAUUAAGCUCCGUGCUACUGGAGGUAACAAAACCAAGACUCCCGGACCAGGUGCUCAGUCCGCUCUUAGAGCUCUCGCCCGUUCUGGCAUGAAAAUUGGCCGUAUUGAGGAUGUGACUCCUAUCCCAACAGACAGUACUCGCAGAAAGGGAGGAAGAAGGGGAAGGAGGCUGUGAAUUUUCUUGUUCGGAGUUGUUGUCUGUUAUAUUGUCGCAUUUCAAUGGCUUGGGCAGUCAAGCUAUUAGAGUAUCUCUUUUAAACCGUUGUAGUUCGGAUUUAACCAUGGAUGUUUUGAAAAUUACAAUGUCUAUGCUAUUUGAGAUGGAAUACAAACCGUUAUCAAGUUUUGUUAGAACAUCUUAACUAUUGCAACGCGCUGUCAUUCUUUGCUGUA